GGAAACGUUCCGAGCGCCUGUGCAGUCAGUAAUGUCUAAGUACUAUUUGGAGGGUGUGACCUUUGAACCCCUGAACCACAACAAUCUGACGUCAUUAGGCGGCCAUUUUCUGUCUGAUUUCCGUACGUUUUGUGGACGUAUGAACUUGAUGCACACCCGUAUCAGCUCUUGUUAUGGAUACUGAAUUUGCCCAUCAACUAGAACAAGAACAAAUUAGUGCUGUAAAGCAAGAAACUUCAGAUGCUUACACGUACACAGAUCCCAAUGAUGGUACAGUGUAUGAAUGGGAUGAUGGUAAACAAGCAUGGUUUCCUAAAAUAGAUGAUGAUUUCAUAGCACAGUACCAAGCCAACUAUGGAGCACAUGAAUUGGUGGUUGGAGAAAGUAAACAGUCUGCCAGUAACCCUACAAAGGUUGAACAGUCGCCAUGUUUUGCUACAACAUCUGAUUCAAAAAUUAUGGAAUCACAAAAAGCACACAAAAGAAAAGCAGAUGAAGGAUGGUUUGAAAUGGAAGAAAAGAAAAAUCGUAAUGUUUAUGUGACUGGAUUGCCGUAUGAUACAACAUUACAAGAGUUUCAAGAUUUGAUGUCAAAGUGUGGAAUUAUUAUGGUAGAUGAACAGACAAAUGAACCCAAAAUAAAACUCUACCUUGAUGAAAUUGGCAAUCUGAAAGGUGAUGGUAGAUGCUGUUAUUUAAAGAGAGAGUCUGUAGAUCUUGCUCUCCAAAUUCUUGAUGGUUAUGACAUGCGGGGUCAUAGAAUAACUGUUGAAUUAGCCCAAUUUCAACUCAAAGGCCGUUUUGAUCCAUCAAAGAAGAAAAAGACUAAGAAAAAGAAAAAGAAAAAAAAUUCACAAGAAAAGUUGCUUGAAUGGAGACCUGAAAGAACUAAAAUGAUGGGAGAAUCCAGAAAGAGACAUGAAUGUGUUGUUAUACUCAGGCAUAUGUUUGAACCAAAGGAGUUUGAGGAGGACCCAAUGGCAAUCAAUGAAAUUAUAGAUGAUUUAAAAGCUGAAUGUGGAAAGUUUGGUGAAGUUAAGAAAGUUUUAAUAUUUGAUAGACAUCCAGAUGGUGUGGCUUCAGUUAAAUUCAAAGAACCUGAGGAAGCAGAUGUUUGCAUUGCUGCAUUAAAUGGACGGUGGUUUGCUAAACGGCAAAUCAUUGCUAAUACCUGGGAUGGACAAACGGAUUAUCAAGUAGAAGAGACAAGUAGAGAAAGAGAAGAAAGGCUUAAAGGCUGGCAAUCAUUCCUUGAACAGGAUUCAAAGAUACAGAAACUACAGUAAACAAUGUUGAAACAUCAUAAUGACAGUGAAUAUUGGGUCUACUGUAAUAUUUAGAUUCAAAUAGUAACAGUCAUUUUUAUCUAGUUUAUCUAACUUUGACAUUAUGCUUUGACUGUAAAUUUGUUAUCAUCCUUAUCGCAGCAUCAGAAGCACAGUUUCAUGAACCAGAUAUGAACAUACCCCCCCCCAAAAAAAUGGUAAAAUAUAUGCAUCUGAUUGCAUGUGUCUGGAAAACAUGCACCCAAUCAGAGCUAGUGUAUCAUAUUGUAUAAAAAACAAAAAUGGUGGAGUGUAUAUGAACAAAAACAAAUGUGAUAUUUCUUUUGCACCUUGUUUUGCUAAUGUUACCAUUGACUAGACAAACUACUUUAAACUGUUUGUAAAUAGUUGUAGAUUGAAUGAAUAUCUAUAAACAUUUUAUUAACUCACACAGUGAUUGACAGGUAUUUUGAAUACAUUCCCCGCCAUUUUAAAUCAGCAUUUUUUUCAUGGGGCAUGGUCUGUUUUGAAUAAGAACAAUGACAUAUAAACAUCACACCCCAAAUACAUGUAGCCACCAUCAAAAUCUUUUAGGAGUCGCAGUUUGGCCUCAAAGCAUCAUAACUAGGAUUAAAUCUAGUCCAGACAGCAUGACAUAUCUGCUUGUGAUAUGUCUAUUUCCCCCCGUUAAAUGUAAAAAAAUAUGAAGAAAAUUAUGUAUCUUGCUGGUAGACUAAGAUGGCAUUUAUUCAGUUUUCAUUCAGGGUUAUUGCUUAAAACUAUGAUUGUCCAGUUUGGUCUAUCAAUUGUAUCUAAAGAAGCAUUUUUGUAAUCAUUUCAAAAAAUUUUUUAUAUCAGUUGCUGUUUCAGGAGAUUAAGGAGGUGGGUUAUAAACAUUAGUUUGCAUAGUGCACGAAGGCACAGUUUGGGAUUUGAAAUUACCCAUGAGCACUAGGUGCAAUCCCUGUAAUAAUAAUGUAAACAAUGGUACCAAACCUUUUGUACUUUAGUAUUGAGGUUGUGGCUAUCAAUAAUUGUCAAAUACAUUACAAAUUUUGAUUAAAAUCAUCUUUGAAAAAAGGACAUAACUGAUUCACGGACAGAAUAUUUUUUUCCCCAGGUAAUAAACAUUUUCUUUUAUAAACAGCAUCCUUGCAUGUUGUUGUAAUCUGAAUAAAAUAAGAAGUUUUUUAUGAG